AUGACCACGCUCCGAGCCUUCACCUGCGACGACCUGUUCCGCUUCAACAACAUUAACUUGGAUCCACUUACAGAAACUUAUGGGAUUCCUUUUUACCUACAGUACCUCGCCCAUUGGCCAGAGUAUUUCAUCGUUGCAGAGGCACCUGGUGGAGAGCUCAUGGGGUAUAUUAUGGGAAAAGCAGAAGGCUCAGUGGCUAGGGAAGAAUGGCAUGGGCAUGUCACAGCUCUGUCCGUUGCCCCAGAAUUCCGACGCCUUGGUUUGGCUGCUAAACUUAUGGAAUUGUUAGAGGAGAUUUCAGAAAGAAAAGGUGGCUUUUUUGUUGAUCUCUUUGUAAGAGUAUCUAACCAAGUUGCUGUCAACAUGUACAAGCAGUUGGGCUACAGCGUAUACAGGACGGUCAUAGAGUACUAUUCAGCUAGCAAUGGGGAGCCGGAUGAGGAUGCUUACGAUAUGAGGAAAGCACUUUCUAGGGACACAGAGAAGAAAUCCAUCAUACCAUUACCUCAUCCUGUGAGGCCUGAAGACAUUGAAUAA